CUGGGCUCCUUUUUUGAAAUCGCGCUUUUUCAUUAACUUAAAAAAUCAUUGGCUAUUGUGUAUUUACAAUUUUUAUUUUUACCAAUUAUCAACUCUCUAAAUUACUAUCCAUACCUCCUUGCUGACUGAUAAUGAGCACUGUUGAUAUAUGCGAGGUUGGCGGUCGUCGAUAUCGAGUGCGCACUGCCCUGAGUGGCGGUAGCUCUGAUGCAUCUAUUGAUUUGCGAAGCAAGAGUCAUAAUGCCAGGAACACAGCAGCAGAUACCGGGAAAUCGCUACGCCAGGACAUACCCGUGCCGCGCCAGCUGCACAAAUACCUUGUAGGCAGCCAGAGUGCAACCCUGCUCAGAUUGCGCCAGGAAUCGCAGGCCAAAAUUACUAUUCCCAAUGAGCGCUCAAAGAGCGACACAGUUCAAGUAGAAGGGCUGCCCGAAGAACUGGCCAAGGCAGAGGAGCUCAUUGUGCAAAUCAUAAAGGAGAACCUGCACAGAAUCCCGUACACGCAUUUUAUCUCGUUGCCUAUUUCGGAUAUCGACGUGCAGAGAAAAGUGAAACUUUUCCAAGCGGAUGUGGCGCGGGAGUUUUUGCGUGAUGUCGACUGCAGGACCUUCACCGACCCUGAGUCACUGCACAUCACUAUCGGUAUGCUACGGUUACUGACACCCAAGGAAAUAGCUGGUGCUGUGGAGCUUCUAAAGUCGCUACAGAAGCAGAUCAGCGAUGAGUUAAGUGCUCGCCCGCUGGUCAUUAAAGUGGGUCAGCCUAAAUGCAUGGAGUCGAACGCGAAAAUGGCCAGGGUCAUCCAUGCCCAGGCAGGGGAUUUUGCAGAUGAUGGUAGACUGCGGCGUCUGUGCGAGUUUGUUCGCGCGGCAUUUGACCAGGCCGGGUACAUCGACGACAAACGCACCCUGAAGAUUCAUAUCACUGUGCUUAAGGCCAAGGAGGCAGCCGAGUGCGCGGACAACGCUGGUUGUGCUGGUAAACGCGCGUGUGGGACGAUUAAUGCCGCGCCGUUGUUGAAAAAAUUCGGCGGUGCGGACUUUGGUAUUUGUCGCGUUGGCCAGAUUCAGAUAGCAAAGCGUUUCCAGCACACCGAUGCUGGUGCUUACGAUAACGAGGGCUUUGUUUUGCUUCCCUGAUUUUUCCUUUUUAAAUUAUAUUGGAUUCGCUUGAUAUAAAUGGAACAAUCCUCUUCCUAGCUCAUGUGCGGACCACCCUUACAAAGGAGAGCUACGCGCUAGUUUUUAAUUUAUGUAUUAAAAUAGGUACAGAUGAUGUAAAUUUUUUCCUUCAAAAGAAGCAAACCACUUUUGAAUUUUCCCUUUCUCGAUUCCUGUUUGAUAACAUUUUAUUGCCGGGCAAUCGCUUGGAUUUCCCCCCUUUUCAAUAAAACUAUGCUAAAGAAAACAUCACGCAAAGGAAUUGAAUCAGGGCAC